GCGUUGAGCAUUUGUAGUAUUUGUUGAGAUUCCAAAGCGUUUGGGUGUGUUUUCCUGCUACGCGUUGUCGCCGUGCUGUCAUCGUCACGACCACUGCAAAGAUUGAAAGUGUAUUGAGUAGAGAAAAAGAGCAAAAAUCGAAAAAAAAAUCGCUGUUUGAAUGUAAAAACACGCUGGCCACUCAAAAAUUGGCAAAAUUUCAAGAAAAUACCACAACAACAACAAAUCAAGGUGUAGCACAUUCGAAAGGUGGCUGAGUGACGCGCGAAUUGUUGACAUUGAAUUUGUGCCGCAACGCCUUUGGAACAGAAAAAAAAAAAUAUAAAAAAAAAUUAAAUUUUUUUCUGAAUUUUAAUUUGAAGCGUUGUGUAAUCGUCACAACAAACGGCUGCUGAACAGACGCAAACUGGUUAGCUGGCUGGCUUUUAAUUAGUGAAACGGCUAAAAGUGAAAUAAGAAGAAAAUUCCGGACUACGAACAAGUGGAGAGCAAAUUGUGUUUAACUAGGCAAUAAACACAGACACACACACCCACAUACACUUACAUAUGUAUGUGUACACAUGAAAAAUUUUAAUCGACUAAGCGAGUGUGCAAUCGAAGAGAUACAGCAAUACCGCAGUCAUCGCCCCUCAAACCGCAAACAAGUCCUCCAACACUUCAACUCCAACGCACCAAGCCAACAACAAUUUCAGUGAAAAGAAACUGGUCAAUCAAGCAGAUAAUUCUUAGAAGACACAUAGGCUGCAGUAAACUGAAACAACAAUAAAGAGACACAAAUGACAAAAUAUAUAAAAUUAAUGAAAAAACAACAAAUAAAGUACGUCACAAUAACAAAAACAUAAAAAAUUAAUUUUUAAUCAUUGCAACAACAAAAAGUUACUACUACUACAACAACAAAAAUAAAAAAUAAUUAUAUCAAGAAAAAGUGGCAACAAAAAAUAGUACAACAACAACAACAAUAAAAACAUUGUAAUAACAACAAAAUAACAAGAUAUUAAACAUAACAAAGUUUACAACAACAAAGACAAAGAAAAAUAUAUUUAAAAUCAAUAAUAACAAAAAUCUGGCAAAGCAACAACAAGAAAAUUAUUAAAAAAAAUAUAAAAACCGAAAUAUUUCAAAACCACAAUAACGCACAUAUUAAAAAACAACAACAACAACGAAGAAGUGUAUAGCAACAACGAAAAUAUUGUACAAAAACAAGAAAAUUUAAAAAAAUAUUACUAAAACAACAACAACAAAACCACAAACGCAAACAACUUGAGUGCAACCCAGCCACCAACAACAACAACAUAAAUCCACCCAGCACCUCAACAACCAACCGCAACACCACAAAUCCCCCACCAUGCAAGCCAUCAAGUGUGUCGUCGUCGGCGAUGGUGCCGUCGGUAAGACUUGCCUCCUCAUCAGUUACACAACAAAUGCCUUUCCCGGCGAAUAUAUUCCCACCGUCUUCGACAAUUACUCGGCCAAUGUGAUGGUCGAUGCGAAACCAAUUAAUUUGGGACUCUGGGAUACGGCCGGUCAAGAGGAUUACGAUCGUUUGCGACCACUUUCCUAUCCACAGACAGAUGUCUUCCUCAUCUGUUUUUCGCUGGUGAAUCCAGCCUCUUUCGAGAACGUACGCGCCAAAUGGUAUCCCGAAGUACGUCAUCACUGCCCCAAUGUACCGAUCAUAUUGGUCGGCACGAAGCUGGAUUUGCGCGACGACAAGGCGACCAUUGAGAAAUUGAAGGAGAAGAAACUGACGCCCAUCACAUAUCCGCAGGGUUUGGCUAUGGCCAAGGAGAUCGGUGCUGUUAAGUAUCUGGAAUGUUCGGCGUUGACGCAGAAGGGCUUGAAGACGGUCUUCGAUGAGGCCAUACGUUCGGUGCUGUGUCCGGUGAUGCGGGUCAAGCGUUCGCGCAAAUGUGCGCUGUUGUAAGUGCUACUAUUGGUGGUGUGUGGACGGACGCAGUGCGGCGAAGGUGUUGCCAACUUUUCAAGUGUAAGAUGUUUUGACGAAUUAGAAAAAAUCGCUUCGGCUUCUUGUUUUUUUUUAUUACUAUUUUUUGAAGAUCUAAAGACAAAUUUUGCAUGCAAUGAGUGUGUUUCUAUCAUUUUGUAAGCAAUGCUGUUUAAUUUUAGUGAAUACUAUUGUGUCUAUUAUGCUUUAGGAACAUGUAAUAUAUCUAACAGAAGCGAAAAGCAAGAAAGAAAAAACAGAAAGCGUAAAAAAUAAAAACUUAUUUAAGAAAAUGAAAACUCAGCGCAGAAA